GUUGCCUCCCACUGGUUAAAUUUAGGAAAAUUUUGAAGUCUAAGAAUUUAGGGUUUUGAUGUAUUGCAUAAUUCAAGUCAAAUUUAGUUUACUUUACUCUGUAACGUACUAAUCACAAGGAUUUAUGCACAUAAUUUUGUUUUUUAUUUACUGUUAGUGAGUACUUAAGUUUUCACUUGAGCUUUUUAAGAAAAAAAAAUGUAUAUGGAUCAACAAUGGAUUUUUGAUUGCUUCCCACUGCUUAAAUUCACUUAAAUUUUUGGUCUUUGCAAGUCUAAAAAAUUUAGGGCUUAUGCACAUAAUUGUGUUUUUAUUUACUGUUAGUGAGUAUUUAAUGUGUCAUUUGAGCUUUUUUUUAAAUUGUUUAUGGAUCAACAAUGGAUUUUUGAUUGCUUCCACUGCUUAAAUUCACUUAAAUUUUUGGUCUUUGCAAGUCUAAAUGUUUAGGGUUUUGAUAUAUUCCAUAGUUAAGUACCAAUUGCAGUAAAUAUUCAAAUGAUUGGAGUUUAUUUGCAAUGGGUGGGUGUUGAAUGUUCCAUUUCAGCUAUUUCUUUUAUUGUUUAUCGAUCAAGAAUUGAUUUUUAUUGCUUCCACAGGUGAAAUUCAGGCAAGUUUGGUCUUCACAAGUCUUAGAAUUAAGGGCUUUGGCUUUUGUGUUCCCUUUUCGGUUUGUUGUGCUGCUUGAGCACUUUCUUGCUAACCCGCCUAUACAUUCUAGGUAAUAAUUGAGUGUUGCCUUCUGAUUUCAUUCUUGGGAAGCUUAGGAGAAUGCAUCUUCUAUCUGAGUUGUCUGGUGUGAUGGGAAUUUUCUUUGAGCUGCUGUGCCAUAAGGAGUCAAGACUGACUUUUAAGCCUGUGUGAACGCAUUGGUCAGAAAUGAACCUUGAUGCUCUUUGGCGGGCUGAACUAGUCACUAUGACCCCUUCUAUGAGAAAAAUGUGCAUUCAAAAGGACUCCUUGCAGAGUUUGGCUAUUUAGCGGGCUGUAUCCAACUAAAAUUUUGGUAUAUGCAAUAGUUGACUGUCCUUGCUCACGAUAAUUUCAUAUAAGCGAUGCGUUCAUGGUGGGGGAAGUCUUCAUCUGAGGAUGCUAGGAGGAAAUCCAACAAGGAAAAUUUCAUUGACACAAUAAAGAGGAAACUGAAGAUUUUCACUGAGGAAAAAUCAAGUGGUAAAUCUGGAUCAUCUCGAAGUCGACAUAAUGAUACAAUUUUAGUAAAGGGUUCUCAAUCAAGGGUUUCAAGGUCACCAUCACCAUCUACGCCAGUUCCACGCUCUCUGGGCUUUGCUGAUAGGACUUCUUCUCAACCACUUCCCCUUCCUGAGGGUCACUCUUCUUAUGUACAUCUUAUUGACUCUGAUAACAGUGCAUCUGUAAUAUCACAGACUGGUGAAGUCUCCAAGCAAUCAUUGACUUUGCCUCUUCUAACGCCUAGGCUUCCACAUGGACCAGCUGCUGCAGGGGUUGACAGGGACUUACCAACUGCUUCUUUUUCAUUUGACAGCUCCAGCGACAGUGAUGACCUUACUGACUCACAGCUUCUAAGUCCCCAAACCUCCGAUUAUGAAAACGGGAGCAGAACUGCCUUGAAUAGUCCUUCCAGUUUGAAGCAGAAAGUUCAAUCCCCUAUUGCAUCCAAAGAAAGCUCAGGAGAGAUGUUGAAGUCAUCUAAUCUUUUAUCAGACAAUCAGGCGAUCCCAACAUCUCCUAGACAGAGGCUUUUAAGCUCUUAUGUACCAGACUUAAAGAUUCCUCGUCAUGGUGCUUUCUAUAGUGCUCCUGACAGCUCAAUGUCAAGUCCUUCAAGAAGUCCCAUGAGGGUAUUUGGGCAUGAACCGGUCAUAAGCUCUGGUUUCUGGCUAGGGAAGCCACAUGGAGAUAUAACCUUCUUAGGAUCAGGGCACUGCUCUAGUCCAGGUUCAGGCCAGAAUUCUGGGCAUAAUUCAAUUGUAGGUGAUAUGUCAGGGCAACCCUUUUGGCCACUCAGCAGGUGUAGUCCUGAGUGUUCACCUGUACCUAGCCCCAGAAUGACUAGUCCUGGUCCUGGCUCUAGGAUACAUAGUGGUGCUGUAACUCCCUUGCAUCCUCGAGCUAGUGGGGCGUCUGCUGAGUCUUCCACAGCUUCACUUGAUAAUGGAAAACAACAAAGUCACCGCCUACCUCUUCCUCCUAUAUCAAUUCCUCAUUCUUCUGGUUUUUCUCCAGCAUAUUCAAUGGCUCCUGCAAUUCCACGAAGUCCUGGUAGGACAGGAAAUCCUCCAACCCCAGGGCCACGUUGGAAGAAAGGGCGUCUGAUUGGUAGAGGCACAUUUGGACAUGUGUACCUUGGUUUUAACAGUGAAAGUGGUGAGAUGUGUGCAAUGAAGGAAGUAACACUUUUCUCAAAUGAUGUAAAGUCAAGAGAGAGUGCACAGCAGCUUGGACAAGAAAUAUCUCUGCUAAGCCAGUUGCGCCAUCCAAAUAUUGUGCAAUAUUAUGGAUCUGAGACGGUAGAUGACAAACUAUACAUAUACCUUGAGUAUGUUUCUGGUGGUUCAAUCUAUAAAAUUCUUCAAGAAUAUGGUCAGUUGGGUGAGCUUGCAAUUCAAAGUUAUACUCAACAAAUUCUGUCUGGACUUGCAUAUUUGCAUGCUAAAAACACAGUGCAUAGAGAUAUUAAAGGGGCAAACAUACUGGUUGACCCAGAUGGCCGUGUUAAAUUGGCAGAUUUUGGGAUGGCAAAACAUAUAACUGGUCAAUACUGUCCUUUGUCUUUCAAGGGAAGUCCUUAUUGGAUGGCACCUGAGGUUAUUAAAAAUUCAAAUGGUUGCCAUCUUGCGGUAGAUAUAUGGAGCCUUGGAUGCACAGUUUUGGAGAUGGCAACAACAAAACCACCUUGGAGUCAGUAUGAGGGGGUCGCUGCUAUUUUUAAAAUUGGAAACAGCAAGGAACUUCCUGCAAUCCCCUAUCACCUCUCAGAUGAGGGCAAGGAUUUUGUGCGGCAAUGUCUACAGCGCAAUCCACUCCACCGUCCAACAGCUUCUCAGCUCUUGGAACAUCCCUUUGUCAAAAGUGCUGCUCCAGUUGAAAGAGCCAUUCUAAGUUCUGAUCCUGUAGAAACAGUGGGCGUGGGACAUUUAAAAAGUCCACCAUACAUGGACUCAGGAGGAGUUGCAGUUCAUCAUCAGCCUAGAGGUUCAAAAAUUCUUCCUGGAUUUAGCGAUUUACCUUUUCCAAGGAACAUAUCUUGCCCAGUUUCUCCUGUUGGGAUAGAGAGCCCUGUUUUGCAUUCACAGUCACCUAAACAUAUGAGUGGAAGAUUGUCCCCCUCUACCAUAUCAAGUCCCCAUGCUGUAUCUGGUUCAUCAACACCUCUUAGUGGUAGUGGUGGUGCUGUUCCACUAUUUAACUCAAUGAUGCCAACAACUUAUUCACCAGAAGGUGUAGGCACAUCACCAAGGGCCCAAAGCUGUUUUUACCCUGACGGUUACACUAGUCACGGUCUCAAAUCUGACAUGUUUCGAGGGACUUCUCAAUCCCAUUUGAUUCGAGAAACACUUCCAUCUGACAAUGGUUUUGUUGGAGAUAAGUUUGGGGGCCAUGCUCAAAGUGGUGUGAAUGGACAACCAUAUCAGGGACAGUCAGUAUUAGCUAACAGGGUUGCCCAGCAGCUCCUGAGGGAUCAAGUAAAUUUGAUCCAAUCGUUUGACCUGAACCCUGGCUCUCCAGUUUUUGGUCGGGAUAAUGGGGUCUAACUUAUUAUAGCCGCCUGAAAAAGGAUGGAUGUACUUACAAUAUCUCAUGGAACAACUGUACAGUAACUAUACCAAAAGGUCUGCGGUUUGCUGAAUAAAUCUUUUGGAGACGAUGUGUAUUUUGACUGAUUCAGAGACGUGUAUAAUUUUGGUACUGCUUAUAUGAGACGCAGAAUGACACAAAAAGGUACUAGGAACUCGCUUUUGGAAUCCUGGUUCCCAAACUCUUGGCAUAUAGAGCUUUUCUUCCUCGGGUUAAAAUACAAGGGGAGCUGAAAAUGGUCAUAGCAGUAGACGGCAGACUCCAUAGGAAGACAGAUUCAAAGACUAGUCGGGGAAUCUCAGGCUUGCUUUAGAAUUUUUGGUAACUGUUCAUAGCAAAGCUCUCUUACGUACUCGUUUGAGCUUGUCAGCAAAAGCCUGUUGUAUAUUGUAUUAUGGUUCCCUGAAAGCCAGGUUUAAUCCAAUUUUCAACCAUAUUCCAAACUUUUGAAGUUAAAUGUGUGUUCAACCUUUAUCCUGUGUAAUGUUGGAGAAGCAUGCUUGACUAAAGUUUACAUCCAUCAGUUUACAUAAAUUGUUGUUUUGAACUCGGCCAUCGGAUGUGCAAACAAGUGGCUGGAUCAACUGAUAUUGAACAUG